GCACUUAGGUGCUUUUUUUUGGGGGUUAAAUAUCGAUUUUUUAGGUAUGAUUCAGGAUACAGGUUUUGGCCAGGAAAUAUGUAUGGGUGCAUAUAAAAUAGAGGGAAAAGGAUGGAGGCUUUCUCGGUAUGAUUUAUUGACACCUGAAAGAAGUACAUUAGAUCCAUCUGAUCCGACUAUUUUACUUGAUGAAAGACAGUGUUUAUAUGCUACAUCGAUUCCUGGAGAAUCGGAGUGGUUGCAUGAAGAUUUAUCUAAAAUGCUAAGUUCUCUUUCCCUUGAUACGUCUUCAGAAACAUGUAUCUCUGAAAGAUUUGCAUUAAAAGAUCAAAAACAUCUAGCAGUUAUUUUAAAAACAUAUGCUGGAAUGGAAGCGUCUUUUCAUGUUUGUAAUCUGGUAGAGGUUAUUGGUAUACUUGAAAAAGAUACAGAAACGGUUCAGGAAUCUAUAAUUAAUGAACAACAUACUGUUACGCUACAUCUUCCUAUUAUACAUGUUAUACACAUGAAUAUGAUUGAUAUUAAUGAGCUGGUUACUCGAAGUCUUGGGACGAUAAAACAAAACGAUAUAUUGAAAACAAGAAAGGAAAUUAUUAAUCAUUUAGCGACUAUAUUCUGUAAUGACGUUUUAGUUUCAGAAUUUCUUCUUUUAAAUCUGGUGUCGAAUGUAUCAUCAAGAUUGCCAGCUAUAAUUUUGGGAUCUUUUCCAAUAAACAUUCGAAAUUGCACACCUACUGUAUCUUUAAAAUUUAAGGAAUUUUUAAAAAAUGUUAUUCCUGCAUUUGUAUAUGAAAAAAUUGACAUCUAUAAUCUUAAUAAUAAUAAAUUUUAUCCUUCAAGUGAUGGAGAAAAACUGCAAGCAGGUAUUAUGCAAUUGGCUAAAGGAACUAUUGUAUGUUUUGAUGAAACUAGUAUGGAUGAAGGGACAUUAAAUGAUACUGGCGUAAAAAAUAUACGUUCUCUUAGUCAAGUAAUUAUGUCUCAAGUCCUUCCAUUUCAUUUUUCAUUUAGCGAGUAUGAAAUAGAAACAGAUCUUACAAUAAUUGUUUUAAGUAAAAAUGAAAAGACAUUAUUACCUGUUGAUACAUCAAUUUUUAUAAGACCUCAGCCACCAUCUAAUUCAACAUUACCUUUGCCUCUUACUUCGGAUAAAAUAUUAGAAUUCAGAAAAUAUUUUGCUUAUACUAGACAAAUAUCAGUUGGGAUAUCAAAUGAAAUUUCUGAAAAGAUUAACUUAGAUUUUGUUCAACAACGUCAAAAUGGAAAUAAAAUUGGGGAAAAAGAACUUGGGUUUCGUAUUAGUAUUGCUAAAUUAAUCGCCAAAUCAUGUGGAUCUAGAUCAGUUUUAUGGGAUCAUUGGAUAAAUGCUGCUCGUUUAACUUCAAGUAUUGAAGCAUUAAAAUAAUAUCUUUAAAUGGAUAUAUACUUUUUCAUUAAUUUCUUUCGAAAU